UUUUAUAUAAUGUCUAGUUCUACCAACACCAAAGAAACCCCCAAAAUGCAAUAUGUUCGUUUUGGCAAUACAGGCAUGAGGGUUUCCAGAAUCUGUCUCGGUUGUAUGUCCUACGGUAGCCCAAAAUGGAGUCCUUGGGUGAAAGACGAAGCUGAAUCCAUCGAAGCUAUUAAAGCAGCUUAUAAUGCUGGUGUCAACUUUUUCGAUACUGCUGACAUGUAUUCAAACGGCCAGAGUGAAAUUCUUCUUGGAAAGGCUCUUAAAGAACUGAAUGCUCCUAGAGGUCGUGUUGUCAUUGCUACAAAAGUUUACUCACCUGUUUAUUCGAAUAUAGAGGGUUUCGGUUUUACCGACUUGGAUAAGAAGUUUGAAUUAGUCAACGGCUAUGGUCUCUCUCGUAAGCAUAUAUUUGAUGCCGUUGAUGCCUCUUUGAAGCGACUUGGUGUUGAGUAUAUUGAUCUCUAUCAAAUCCAUCGUUUAGACACCGAAACCCCCAUGGAAGAAAUAAUGGAGGCCUUGAAUGAUUUGGUUCGCUCCGGAAAAGUCAGAUACAUUGGAGCCAGUACCAUGGCUGCAUGGCAGUUUCAAAAGUUAAACUCCAUUGCUGAGCGCAGAGGAUGGACAACAUUUGUGUCAAUGCAAAACGCGUAUAAUCUUCUUAAUCGCGAAGAAGAGAAAGAAAUGAUCCCCUAUUGUGUUGAUGCUGGUAUCGCAGGUAUCCCAUACUCCCCAUUGGCUGGUGGCAAAAUUACAGGCAAAAACAGAGACACCACUCGAUCAAAGGCUUUUUCCCAACAGAGCAGUUCAAAGCCCAAUGCCAAGCAAGAUAGUAACGAUACUAUUGUCGAACGUGUUGAAGAACUUGCCAAGAAGUAUGAUGCCUCUAAUGCCCAAAUUGCUUUAGCAUGGCAUUACACAAAGCCUUAUGUUGUAUCUCCUAUCGUUGGUGUCUCUAAAAUCGAACAACUUUACAACUUGAUUGAUGCAAUGGACAUCAAGCUAACAAAGGAAGAUGUUGAUUACUUGGAAGAAUCUUAUACAAAUUGAAAUGCUCCAUCCAAUUAAAAAUAAAAAAAAUUAAUGGCUUAGUUAUUUGCCGCUUAAUAAUA